AUGAUUGACAAUCAUCGAGGUUGGCAUGAGAUGUUUCCAUAUGAUUUAUUGGGUUAUCGAACGAAUGUCAGAACGGUUACUGGAGCUACUCCAUACUUGCUGGUAUAUGGAACAGAAGCAGUCAUACCGGUUGAAGUUGAGAUAUCGUCUUUGAGAAUCAUCCAAGAAGCAGAAAUAAGUAAUGCUGAGUUGGUCAGCAAGCUUAUUGAUCAGUUAACGUUGAUUGAUGAGAAGAGAAUGGUUGUCGUUUUUCAUGGACACCGACAAAGGAUGAUUCGUGCACUCCACAAGAGAGUAAGAGUUACGAAUUUUGAAAUCGGUCAGUUAGAACUUCAGGGCAUUUUUCAUCAUCUAUAUGAGUACAAAGGAAAAUUUCCGCUAAAUUGGAAAGGACCCUACAUGGUUCGCAAAGUAUUAUUUGAAGGUGCUUUGGUCCUUUCACAGAUGGAUGACACCACAUGGCCGAAACCGAUCAACUCAGAUGAUGUCAUGAUAUACUAUGUGUGA